AUGCAUACCGAUACAUUCCACCUAUACACAUACUACUGCUCCUCAUGCUGUCAACGGAUCAUCAUCGCCGCCCAUCUCAAAGGUAUCCAGCUUGAAUACACCUACAUCGACCUCAGCGCCAGAGAGCACACGACCUCAGAAUACAAACAACACAACCCCAGCGCCAGCGUGCCCACAUUGAUAGUGACGAGCAAGAACGGCGAAAAAACCACCAUCCGCCAAUCCAUGACGAUUCUGGAAUACUUCGAGGAACGGUUCCCGGAUACUGCACCACUGUACCCUCCCGCAAUGCAGGAUCGGGUGCUGGUGCGAGACCUAGUCAAUGUCAUCGCUAUUGAUACCCAGCCCCCGACGAAUUCUCGCAUAGCGCAGCGGGUAAAAUCCAUUCGGGGGGGGCUCGAUGACCAGGUUGAUUUCGUUAAACGGGUGUUUACGGACGGAUUGAGGGCCUAUGAGGAUUUGCUUCUGAUGCAGGCUCAGGCUGGAGAGAGGAAUUUCUCUUUCGGUGCCGACGUCUCCAUGGCUGAUGUGGUUUUGGUCCCUGCUGUUGAUCAGGCUCUGUUGUAUAGAUUGGAUCUAGACUUCGUGCCUAAUGUCAAGCGGGUCUAUCUCGCUCUCAAGGAGUUGGAGCCUUUUAAGGCGGCGGAUUGGCGGAAGCAAGGGGAUACACCGGCGAAAUAUCGUGUCUAG